CCCAUUUUGUGUCGGGGCUUUUAGCACAUUUUGAUAGGGCUAUUAUUAGAAGCAAUGGAUUAUCAAUCAGGAAUUAAUCCUGACUGAUGUGUUUGCCCCCAACUGGACCUCACUCACCACACUGUUUGUUUUCAUCGCUCUAAUGAGACAGAAGGUGGUUCUCUCGGGUUUUUGUUUCCUACAGGAGGUGAGAUGAGAGAUCUUUUUUCCUCCCACUCUGCGAUCAAACCACUAAUUCCACCAGAUUCUCCUUCUCAGGACGUGAGGAGACCACUGAGGGAGACAUUCUCUUAUUUAGUUCCUUUGCUCAUUUAUCUUCCUCCCCCUCGUCUCUUUGCCUGACUGGCUGCUGAGCUGACUGACUGUCUGGAUGCUUGGCUCCCUCUCUCGCUGGACUCUCACUGGCAGUUCACUCACACACUGCGCGAGCUUCACUGAGACUGCGUUGGAGAAAGACAGUUGGGUUGCUCAGGCUUUUGGAAAAGUGGGAAUCUCUGCCUGAUUUCUCUCUCUGUCUGUUUCUGGUGGACUAUUAGAUGAGAGCAGAGGACAUCUUUGGAUCUCUCUCCUCCAGCACUGACCACUGACCAUCACUACUGUGCUGCAUCCAUGACUUUACAUACCUGGCUGGUGUAUGGGUUUGGAUUUAUCAUGGCUGUGAUACUCUGCUUCACACAAGUCGAGGGGCUGCAGUGCUACGGCUGCAACAUCAUCCAGGGCCAGAGGUACGUGGACGUGGGCUGCUCCAACCCAGAGGUCAUCACCUGCACCCACUCACACAAAGGCUUCAAACACCGUUUCUGCAUUAAGACAGAGAGCACGGCCCUGGGUAUCGUCCUGACCAGCGGUUGUGCCACAUCCAGACACUGCCAGCAGCAAGAGCUGCCGGGGGUGCGCAUCCACUGCUGUGACUCCGACCUGUGUAACAGCACCCCCGCCUGGCAUCCGAGCACACUCCACUGUAUGUGCGCCUUGUUCGGGCUCCUGCUGCUGAGGAUGUGGUUGUGAUAUGGAGUCGUUUCGUAGAGGAGCACAACAGCAAUGGACUAUGAGAGAAACAUUUCGUAUGAGAAACUCAUACACGUGUUCUCUCAGCUGCUCACGUUUAAGGCCGAAUGAGCGUUUUCACUCAGUGUGGUGUUAACUGGUGAGCACCGUGACAUAGCAGCUUUCGUCACAUUGUUAACUUGGACUCAGAGAAAUGGCGAAAUCAUCCUGUGAAUAUGUCGGAUCAAACAUAAUGACAAAGCAUCCUGCAGUCAUCAGUGAAUUUAUCGUGCACAUUCACUCACUCAAAUGUAGUUUUAGGCAUAUGGGAUUAUAGUUGUAAUGUUGUUGUCACGAGAGGGAUAUCUUCAUUAGAGUCAUAUGUCAGUUCAUAACACACUUUCAGUAAAUACAUCCACAUGAGCAGAAAUACAGUGGCUUCAGUUUUCACAAAAGCUUAGAUCCACUAAAUCCCUUUUUAUUGUUAAGGAGUUCAUCGUCUUUCUCGAGAUCGAGUCUUUGUGUGCGCCGUGUUCUUUUAAAGUCACCAGCUAUUUACUUUGCGAAAUGAAAGAUAUUUUUUUAGUUUGCUGUCCUGUUCUCCAGGCUGAGCUUGGGGAAAGCACAUAAUUGCAUGUGGUUCUAUCUAUGUCUGAUUGUAAGAAAUAUUGUACAGUGGAAGCAUGUAAUGUUGUGAAUUGCUGUAUUAAAACAUUUCAUAUUUUUCAAAAG